AGCGGAAGUGCCGCCAUCUCCUCUGACCAGCCGAGCAACAGCAGGGUCAGUGCAGACGGUUUUUGAGAAAGUAGCUCUGUUAUAUCAUUAGAAUCGGUUGUGUGACACGUUACAUAUUUAAAUGACGAACGCGACUCGAGAGGUGAUAGUUGUGAAAGAAAACCACUGUCGCUUCAAUCUGUCACGCACUCACGCGCGUCUCUUUAUGAGUUGAGUUAGCAUAGCGCAGCGCUCACGCCUCUAAAUGAGUGUUUUUAAUUCAGCGCCGUGACAGAGACAACAGCGCUUUCCUUUACUCCCGUCUUCACCGAUAAUAACCCGCUUUCUGCUAUUCGGCUGGAUGUCUGGUCGUGUUUGAGAGGGGGAACUGAAGCUCAACGUUGUUUCACCCCACAUCUGUGGUUCCGGGCCCUCAUGUGGCCGCCGUGCGGAGGUUUGGAACAGUGGACAGGCUAAACACUGAGAGACCCCGACCUGAGCACGCACACAGAGAGAGACCGAGAGGGGGGGAGAGAGACUGACACUCCCAGAUUUUGCAGAACCUGAUAGCCAGCCUGUUGCCAUGUCGACAUCAUCGCUGCGGCGACAAGUGAAGAACAUUGUUCACAAUUACUCAGAGGCGGAGAUAAAGGUUAGGGAAGCAACCUCUAAUGACCCAUGGGGUCCCUCUAGCUCUCUGAUGUCAGAGAUUGCUGAUCUGACAUACAAUGUAGUGGCCUUCUCAGAGAUUAUGAGCAUGGUUUGGAAGAGACUCAACGACCAUGGGAAGAAUUGGAGACAUGUAUAUAAAGCUAUGACUCUGAUGGAGUAUCUGAUCAAGACAGGAUCAGAGCGAGUGGCACAGCAAUGCAGGGAAAACAUCUACGCCGUUCAGACACUCAAAGACUUUCAGUACAUAGACAGAGAUGGCAAGGACCAGGGUGUGAAUGUACGGGAAAAGGCCAAGCAGCUGGUGACUCUGCUAAAAGACGAGGAGAGGUUAAGAGAGGAGAGAAUCCAUGCACUCAAGACCAAAGAGAAGAUGGCACAGACCAGCAGUGCAUCUUCGGCCCCUUCUGCUCCUGCUUUAGGGGGAGGAGUGCACUCAGGAGCAGACGCUGAGCAGGCGUGGCCCCAGAGCUCCGGAGAGGAGGACCUGCAGCUCCAGCUGGCACUGGCCAUGAGCAAGGAAGAGGCAGAGCAGACUAGCAAAGACCCUCUGGAAGAUGCAGAGAUCCGCUACGCACUCACAGUCAGCCAGGAGACUCACCAAAAGGAGGAGCGUCUGCGCAGGGGAGACGACCUGAGGCUGCAGAUGGCCAUCGAGGAGAGUAAGAGGGAGAAAGCCAAGCCCGAGGAGUCGUCUCUGAUGGAGUUGAGUGUCGUAGAUCCUUGGGGGGCCCCUGCAUCGGGCUCCGCGGGACCCUCUCCUCCUCCCACUUUGGCUCCUGCAUCCACCACUGGGCCUUGGGGCCCGGCCGACCCGUGGGGGGCGGCCUCCCCCGCCUCUCCCCCGAGUGCCGAUCCCUGGGGAAGAGCACCAGCAACAGUAGUCCCAGACCCAUGGGGUGACUCGUCCUCUAGAGUGAACUCUGACCCCUGGGCAUCCACAGCUGUGACCCCUCCAAGUGCCGACCCUUGGGCUCACUCAGUGGCUCCGGCUCCUACUCCGCUCUCAGGGUCAACCGAUCCCUGGGCAGCGGAAGGAGCCGCCCCUGCCACUGACGGUCUGACCUCUGACCCCUGGAGUGGCUCGGUUAAACAAACUAAUGGCACAGCAGAUCUAGAGAGAAGAGGAUCCUCGUUGACAGGAGGUGAUGUAGGAGGUGGAGGCAGCACAGGCUCUCCGGUGCCCUUUGACCUUUCAUCGCUCGGUUCCUCCUUGCCUGUUCGAAAAACGCCAGAGUCAUUCUUGGGCCCCAAUGCAGCGCUCGUGGAUUUAGACUCACUUGUAUCAUCAAAACCCAAACCUAAACAACCUCCACCGCCAAGCAUCUCCUCAACAUCUCACAACCCCUUUCUGCAGACACAGGGUCCCUCCUCAACAGGUAUGGGAGUUACCCCGGGCAGUAACAUUUCCAGUAGAGGGGUGUCUCCGACCCCAUCUUCCACUUCUAAUCCUUUUGGCGUGACCCCGAUGGCAUCCAUCUCCCCUCAACCUUCUUCACUUGGUUUGAGCCAGCUACGUACAAGCCCUGUUCCCCCAAACCCUAUGCUGGGUCACAUGGCUUCACCAGCAGUGGGAAUGGUUCAGCCAGGGAUGGCCAUGCCAGUAAUGGGGGUCCCUAUGGCGGCCCCUGGUAUGGGCAUGGGAAUAGUACAGUCCAGCUCAAUGGGCAUGCCUUUUGGUGGAAUAUCCCCCAUGGGUCCUGCAGGAAACCCCUUGCUGAUGGGGUCAGGAGGCCCUGCGCAGCCUUCACUGAUUUUGGGUGGGCCGUCUGGGGUGGGCGGAGUAAUGGGAACAGGAGGAUCCAUGGGAGGUGGAACCACAGGCACAAGCACCAAUCCUUUCCUCCUUUGAGAGAUUUCACCAAUCCCACGUUGCCCUAUCCACUCAACAACCAAUCCAAACCUGCCCUACCAACACAAACAAUUUGUGUUUGACAAAAAAGAAAUGUGUGUACAUCUCUAUAUUUAAUGAAAAAGUAAAAACAAAAA